AUGACGCCUCCAAUCCCUUCCGAAAGGCCGACACACGGAUACCACUCUUCCCCAUCGCUAAAACCCUACCAAACCCCAGUAAACACCUACAUCUCACAGAGGCCCUCAGACCAACUCGUCGGCAUUCUCUGCGCAUCCAUCAUAAUCCACAGAGGCCGAGUCCUCCUCAUCCAACGCGUCCCAGAUGACGACUACCCCAAUCUAUGGGAAGCCCCCGGCGGCGUAGCCGACGAUGGUGAAACGAUCGUAGACUGUGCUGUCCGGGAGCUCCGCGAGGAAACAGGUCUGCGGGCGUCGGCUGUUACGGGCCUGGUUGGGGAGCUUGAGUGGGAUGAUAGUCUUCCCGGGCCAAUUGUUCAUUCCAAGAGAGGUUUGUGGAAGGUGUUUAUUUUUCGAGUGGUGGUGGAGGGGGAAGGGCGGGAGGAGUUGGAGGUUACGAUUGAUCCGAAGGAGCAUCAGGGUUAUCUGUGGGUUACGGAAGAGGAGGCUAGGAGGGAUAUGUGUGGGGAUAUGAAGUUGGAUUGGGUGUCGUUGGAUCUGAAGAAGAUAGUUUUAGAGGCUUUGGAGUGUUGUAGAGAUGGUGCUUAGAGGUCUUGCUGACUGUGGGUUUUAUUUAGCUGGGAUGGGUUGUUUGCAGGACGUAUACACCGUUGUAUUUAGUCUGAAUUUUGCGUGUGAGUCCGCAAACUGUGGCCAGCGUCUCAGGUCUGUCCUUAUGCGAGUCUGUACAUUGGGACAAGAGGCGUUUAGAGUGCCUCUAUGUCAGAGCUUGAGAAAUACGACUUGAG